GGGCCAGCAGGCAGUGCCGGCAUCAGGGGGCAGCAGGGGCCAGCAGGCGGUGCCGGCAUUAAGGGGCAGCAGGGGCCAGCAGGCGGUGCCGGCAUUAAGGGGCAGCAGGGGCCAGCAGGCGGUGCCGGCAUUAAGGGGCAGCAGGGGCCAGCAGGCGGUGCCGGCAUUAAGGGGCAGCAGGGGCCAGCAGGCAGUGCCGGCAUUAAGGGGCAGCAGGGGCCAGCAGGC